AUGGCUUGUCUCGUUGAGCAAUCCCCGUGGGGACGUGUCCUGGCCCAUGACAUCGCCAAACAAAUGCGCAGUAAGUUCAUGGACGGCGAUAUCAGGAACCCGUCGAACUAUUUCCUGACGAACAUCAACACGAAGGCCAAACACGCGAUGCACCCGAGGAGCGACGACGAGGAGUUCCAGGCGUACAAGACGGCCAAAUCACGCCGGGUCGAGAGACAGGCCAGGGGGGCAGGCGAGGGACCGAGGGACGGCUGGGAGCCGGUGAAAUCGCCGAGCCAACUCAACCAGCACGACCUACCCGGUGGACUUGGUUGGGAACGUGUCAUGGACUCGCUGGACGACGACCAGAACCUGGUCAUCGAGGGUCGGCUGAGGAGGCAAAGGACGGAGGAGUUGAAACGCGAGGGCAUUGACACGCCGGAGCAUGGCGCAGGACACCCCUCGGUGGACAGACCUAAGGGUUCUUUCGUGCCGAGACAGCCAGUCUUGGUGCCCACCCCAGCGGCCACCCAUGCACGUGGAGAACACGGCGGACGCACCCCCCAUGGCCCACCACGGCCCUCCACUGCCUCGUGGCCCACCCGCCGGACGUGCCCCGUCGACCACAUCCAGCAGUGCAGCAGCUUCGUCUGGGCCGACCAUAAGGCCAAUUUCAAAGACGACAACGCGACGUGGAGCAGAGCGCUGGACGCACGAAGGCGCGAGGAUAUCAAGCCCGCCGUUCCACAAGCCCCGGCCAAGGCACCCGCUGUUCCCUCCAAGAAAACCACGAAGGCCGAGCCACCAUCGGAGGACGAUCGGAUGUCUGUGCAGUCCGCAGGUCAAAAGUCGACGACGUCCAAAAUGGGGGUCCACUCGCAGUUCUCCGAUGCCACGUUGGACACCAGUCUGCCUGGAUCCGCGACGGCCACGACAAAGGACAAGGACAAGGCCAAGCUGCUCAGGGCCAUGCAGAUCGCAAAGGAAGAGAUGGAGGCCAAAAAACUCGAGGUCCAGUUCUUGAAGCUGCAAUCACAGCUGGAGGACCCGGAGGACGAAGAUGAAGAUGUCAACGUCGAGGAACACCCGGUGGACGACGACGACGAC